ACACUAUAUGGUCAGCAAUCUUGUCGUCAACCGUCUCGCGGACGAGUAAAUCAAGCCCUGGUCAUACGAGAUCCAGCCGAACGAUACAAAAAUAUGAUCCCCAGUCAAGAAGUUUAUCGCACUCAAUCCAUCGGUGAAGUUCCCUAUGCCGAAUUCGCACAUGGUCUGCGAAUGUCCACAACUGCACACUAG